AUGGAUAUGCGCCGGGAAAAACGAAAAGAACACGAAUUUCAGAUGGGUAAGUAUAACAGCCUAAACCAGCUUCGCAUACCACUUUUGUGUUAAUUCUUCCUUCAGUAGUUCAAAUCCAGUUCCAAUGGUCUGGUUUAUAUUUGAAAAUGUGCUUAAUUGUUUUCGUGAACAAGAAGUUUAUUGGCCUGACGUUUCGGCCCCCAACGGUGCACAUGUGCCCCCACGGCAGCUACGUACUAUAAAUACUGCUAUCUUUGUGCCUCCACUAACUUUAUCUGCAAGCGUUUCUGAUGGUAGGUUCGAAUGAGAGUCCGAAAUGUCAGGCCAAUAAACUUCUUGUUCUAGUGAUCGCAUCCUCUUCUUCUUCUGCUGAACUGCUUCCUGGAACUCGCCUGUUAGCCUCUAUCGACAGUUGCUACGGCUUGUUCUAGAUUUUAGAAUUGGCCUGCUAUCUGGUGAUAAACUUCGUGGUUGAAGUUCCGAGAUAAUAUAAAGACCAAUUAUAACAAUGAAUCUGGCUGUUCAAGCCACCGUCCUUUGCUCUAACGGGAGGUCAUGGAAAUAUGAACGACCGUAUUGUAGAUGGCCUUGAGUAAGUGGGGUUAGAUUUUAAGUUGGGAUACUAAAAUCGGUACUAGAAUGGGAGUGCUUACUACCUUGUCCUACCUAUCAAACUUGUGAAGCCUAUCUGGUGUUUCUGGUCUGGGCAGUCGACUCCGAGGAAGUAACCUCAUUUAAACCUUCAGAGGAUUGGCUUCUGUUUUGAAUGCGCUUUUCCUAUGUUUUUUUUAAACCGUCCAGCUGUGUGAUAAGGAAAGUCGAAAUAAAAGGUCAGUUCUUUGCCUUGGGAAAAGGACUUUUAUUCUUGCAUCUCUGUUGCUGAAAGGUAAGAAAUUAAAAGAAGCACAUAAAAGUUUACAUCCGUACAACCGCUCACCCACCGUAUUUGUCUAAUGCAGGAGAACCGAAAAAUGAGCAUUAAUCCCGUAUUGAUUAUCGUACUCGACCACAUUUGAUCAUUGCUUAUUCACGAAGUUUUCCACUACGAUUAUUCCCCAGUCACGUUUCUAUAGGUUGCUAUUGGAGUGUGUGGAUGGUCAUGUCAUGCGGAGUUUAUCAACCACAACAGCUGGCCGUUCUUGCCCGCAAAUACGCUGGUGAUUUCCCGUAAAAAUUGCUGCCUUUCUACUUCAACAGUUUCUCGACGACAGUCGAGAUUGUUGCUAUCGAAUAACACACAUGCAAGCAUUCUACUACCAAAAACACACGAGGAAUGUCGUGGGUCCCAUUGAGGAGCCGAACCCCUCGCAGCUGUGCCAUGCAGCGGCAGAAUAUCGGCGAAACACGUCCCUGUGUUCUUCGGUAGCACUUGUGCAGCCAGUAUGGUAUCCUCCAAAACAGUAGAGUAGAUGUGCUAACUCAUGAAAUGUCAACCAAAAUUUCGAAAUGCGUCCUCGUUUCGAAAAGAUAAAUUAAGUAAUGUUGUAAAACUAAUCAUCAUGCAGCAUAAAUCUAUAAUGAUCCGGUUACCACAAGGUGUCGGCUUUCGAAAGAACUUAUUUUCGGCUGCAUGCAAUAUCUAUACUCUGCAAAAAAUGACUACUUAUUUAGUAUGCAAUUUUCUCAUUGAUUUUCGAUGCCCUUGAAAAUUCAAUUAUAUUUCAUGACCAACAUGCAUAAAACUAUUCAUUCUCUUACUUAUUCUGUAGAAAAUCACGUCCUUUUCCAAUUUCAUACUCAAAGGAAGAGUAUAAUUCGGUUUUAAAAAAUCUUUUCUGAUUCCCGAAUAAUUUUGAACCCGACCAGCUGUUACACUUGCAUUCAGGGAUUCAAAACUACAAGCUGUAUAUUUUCCGUGCACGGAAAAACAUGCAUUUUUCCACGGUGUUAAGAGGAGAUCAUAUGGGGUUCAUAAAAUUAAGCAGUGGAUUUGAGCUUUAUUGUUAACUUUACAAGCCACAUUCGUAAAUGCAGAUACAUGAGGUUUUAUGAACGGCCAUUUCAAGGUAUUAAAAAAUCUCACAAUUAAAAACUUUUUGAGGCCGAAUUAUGCCCUUCCUUCGAGUACACAAUAAGAAGAAGACGUAAUCCCUACCAAAUGAAUGAAAGAAUGAAUAUUUUUAUGCAUGCUUUCCAUGAAAUUAAAUUGACUUUUCAAGAGCGUCGAAAAUCAAUAAGAAAAUUGCAUACUAAAUAAGUAGUCAUUUUUUGCAGAGUAUAGGUAUUGUCUGCAGCCGAAAAUAUGUUCUUUCGAAAGACGACACCCUGGGGAAACUGGAUCAUUAUAGAUUUGUGCUGCAUCAUGAUUAGUUUUACAACACUACUUAAUUUAUCUUUUCGAAACGAGAACGCAUUUCGAAAUUUUGGUUGACAUUUCAUGAGUAAGCACAUCUACUUUAUAUACUGCAAACUGCCUAUUGAUAGUUUAAAGAAUAGUACGUGGCUCUCCGGCUGUGGUUAAUAAACUUAGACCAAAGUGUUCACAUGAAAUUUCGUUUAAACUUAUUUGCUAAGUAUCAGCAGUUAUUUUUUGAGGAAAUUGUGCUUAUGCUUUAGGGCUGUUUUAUUUGCAAUGUUUGAUGUUAACUAAACUCGUUUGCAUAUGACGAUCAAACGAGAAACCUACCGUUGUGGCGUGAGUACUCGAAAAGAUUUAGCCCUUUUCAAGUUGGUCAAAUCUGGUAUUUGGCGAAGUUUGUGUGUCUAAGGAAAUAUAUUUUCUGUACUGUACAUGGUUGGGAGGAUGUGGUAUAACAUAACUGAUUCGGUGUUGUGAUGUGCGACGGCGGCAGCGAUGCCAGUUCAUUCAAACACUUCCUUGUGAUUUCGCCCGCACUACGCUGCAGUGCACGACAGAUCAUCCUUAGCAGGUUUUGGAUGAAUUAUGUAUUUUCCAAUCAACACUGUGCAAGGUUCAGCGAUUCCCUGAUUGCAUAAUAAUAACACAGUCGCCAGAGGUUAUUUUUCGAAAUGUUAGGGCCUUAUUUACAAUGGGUGGGCCAACUCAUGAAAUUUCGACUGAAAUUCCUAAAUGCGUUUUAGUUUCGAAAAAAUUAAUUAGAUAGGGUUUGAAAAUUAAUCAUCGCGCAGAAUAAUCCUAUAAUAAUUCAGUUACCGCAAGUUGCCGACCUUCGAACGAACAUCUUUCCGGCUGCAUAUAAAAACUACAAUAUGUAAAAAUGACUACUUACAAUGCAUGACCUAUCUCAUGAAAUCUGACAGCGGAAUCUGAUACGAGAAUGUCUGGACGUCUACAACGUUGCGCAUUUUGUUUGCUCAUCCACAGCCUUCAACGAUAUGUACGUUUCCUAUGCGGAAAUUGUGUUUACGUAAUUACAUCAAGUAAAAUAUCAGUUCAUUUUAACGAAAAUGGACGUUGGAUUAUAUUCGUGCAAGUUCCUAUGCAAAUACAUUCCUAGACUCUGGUUACGCAUUUGAGCGUCUUUUUUAAUUGGAAGGAUAGUAAUUUACCCGCGAGAUUUUUAAUAAACAGAUUUAACAGAACUCGAAAAUGUAUUUCAUGUCCGAUGUUAACCUUGGUAAUCAGCCUGCUAACACAAAGGUUGUUUUAAAAAAACCAGUAAUUUUAUUGGUCCCUACAUGUCAAAUUAGCAGAUAUGUGCGAUUACGUGACCUAAAGUGCAGUCAUAACGCCGAUAGGGAUUCCUUCGUUUACAUGGGCUGAAAUUUUUUUGCCGUUUGGAAAAUUCAACCUGAUGUCACAUAAAUGACCACAACCGAAUGGGCAUUUCCAGUUCUGAACAUAUGAAACACUGCUUGUCAUGCAGUUUAAUUUCUCUGCAUAUCGCAUUCAGAAAUAGAAGGAGCAAAACAUUAAUAGUUUAAGCAAAAUAUCUGUAUUUAUAUGGGCGCUCUGUUUUUAACUCAUUUAAACAUGUACUUAAUUACCAUAGACAGUUGACUCAUGAAAUGGUGUCGAUUAGCGAGUGAUUGGGAAUCAUUCGUAAAUUUCGACAAAUUUCAUGAGUUAAGUCACUAACAGUAAGUAGUAGGCAUUUUUCUCAUUGAUUUUCGAUGCCUCUACAUGUAUACUUAUACUUCCUGGAAAACAGGCAUAAAAAUGAUCUUUCUUUCGCUUGUCUGGCAGACAAUUACGCCUUCUUCCAAUCUUAUACUCGAAGAGGAACAUAAUUUGGUUCUUGAAAAAGUUAAUAAUUGUGAGACUAUUUAACAGCGUGAAAUGGCCGUUCAUAGAACGUUAUGUCUCUGAAUUUACCAAUGUGCUUUGUAAAGUUAACAAUAUGGAUCAAAUCCGAUGCCAAAUUUUACGAACCCCAUAUGGUCUCCCCUCAAUACCGUAGAGAAAUAUGUGUUUUUCCGCCAGCGAAAAAUACAUGGCUUGUAGUUUGGAAACCCCGAAUGCAAUCGUGACGCCAGAGCGGGUUCAUAAUUAUUCGAGAAUUAGGAUAGUUUUAAAAACCAAAUAAUACCCUUCCUUCGAGGAUAAAAAUGAAAGAAGACGUAGUUGCCUACUGAAUGAGUAGAAGAAUGAAUACUUUUAUACAAAUUUUCAAGAAAUAUAAAUAGACUUUCAGAGGCAUCGAAAAUCAAUGAGAAAAAUGCUUAAAUGGUCAUUUUUUUACACAGUAUAGCCUUUGCAUGCUGCAGAGGGAAGUUCGUUUGAAAGUCGGCAGCCUGAGGUAACUGAAUUAUUAUGGAAUUAUACUGCAGACGAAUUAGUUUCAUAAACCUAUUUAAUUAAUCAUUUCGAAAUGGAAACGCAUUUCGAAAUUUCUGUUGAUAUUUCGGGAUGCUUGGCCAGCUCCUAAAUUUUUGUGUUAUUAAAGAUUUGAUUUUUAUAUGGGAAAACAGAAUGGCUGCUUGGAAUAGAAUCUUCUCUGAGGAAGUAAUUGUAAGUAACAAUUUAAAUUAUUUUGAUUGUUUUGGACUUUAAAGGCGUCUAAAUUAUUAUAACUGUUGGAAGCAUCUCUAAGUCCCUAAAGUUGUUUCUUGCAUCUUAAUUCAGUUUAAUGCAGAAAUGCGGUGUAAUUUUCCACAAUCAGACAAUGGCUCCAAACAUAAAUGAAAUGCAUCGAGAAACUGUCCUCCGGGCAGCCUAAACGAACAGUCUGCCGAAUGUCAAAAAACUAGAGCAAAUUGACAUCAGUCGUGAAUAGACAAUGAAGGCUAUCGUGUUUGGCGGGAAGCUGUUUUUUGUACCCUGUAGAGAGCAUAAAUUACUUGCACAGAUCUGAUGACUGAAGUCGUAAAAAAGGUUGUAUUUGGUGGUGUUAACUGACUCAACACUAUUACGCGCCUUUGGUUGAGUUUAAAACGCAAUAGCAGUAUGUCAGUGUAUAGUAGGUGGGUUAACUCAUGAAAUGUCAACCGAAAUUCCGAAAUGCGUUUUCGUUUAUAAAUGAUUACUUAAGUGGUGUUGUAAAAUAGAUCAUUAUGCAGCGUCAUUCUAUGGUAAUUCGGUUACCUCAAGAUGCUGGCUAUCGAAGUAACUUCUUCUCGGCCUCAUGAAAAAACUACAUCAUGUAAAAAUGAAUACUUAGUUAACAUGCAUUUUUCUCAUUUAUUUUCGAUGAACUUAAAAAUUUGUUUAUAAAUCAUAGAAAACACGCAUGAAAAUAUUCAUUCUUCUGCUUAUCCGAUGGCAAAUUACGUCUUCUUUCACUUUUAUACACGACAGAAGAGUAUAAUUUGUUUUUAAAGAAAGUUUUCAAUUGUGAGAUUUUUUAAUACGGUGAAAUGACCGCUCAUAAAACGUCAUCUUUCUGUAUUUAUGACUAUGGCUUCUAAGGCUAGCAUUAUGGCUCAAAUCCGCUGCUACAUUUUAUGACCCCAUUUAGUCUCCUCUGAUUACCGUAGAGAAAUGUAUGGUUUUCUAUAUGCAUAAAAUACGCGGUUUGCAGUUUAAAAACCCUGAAUGCAAGUAUAAGAGCAGGUCGGGUUCAUACUUAUUAGAGAAUUAGAAAAGGCUUUAAAACCGGAUUACAGUCUUUCUUUGAGUAUAAAAUUGAGGAAGAUCUGAUUUCGGUAGUUCGAGUUCAAAAGUAUUCUGGAAUCGGAUAUGUUUUGUUAAAUCAAAUUAUACAUUUGUCCGAGUAUAGAGUUGAAAGACGUAAUUCUCUACCGAAUAAGCUGAAAAACGAAUAUUUUCAUUUAGGUUUUCUAUGAAUUAUAAUUGAAUUUUUAAGGGCAUAGAAUUUAAAUAAGAAAAAUGAAUGCUACUUAAACAGUCAUUUUUACAGAGUUAAGUUUUUGCAUGAAGCUGAAACGAGGUUAUUUCGAUAGCCGGCAUCCUGGGUAACCGAAUUAUUAUAGGAUGACGCUUUACGAUGGUCUGUUUUACAGUCAUACUUAAUUCAUUAUUUUGAAACCAAAUCGCAUUUCGGAAUUUCAGUUGAACAUUUCUCGAGUUAGCGCACCUACUGUAUGUGGAGUAAUGUAAAGUUAUUUUCGAAAAAUACAGUUGUUUUCUGUCUUUAUCGCGGAACGAAAAGAUCAAGUGAAUGUUUCUUCUAAGCUGAGACUUUUGAAUCCACGCGAGUGGUCGCCUGAUGAUAAAUAAAUAAUUAAGCCUAGAUCACUUCCAUUUGACUGAUUAUUCCAGAUCUCUACUGUUUUGACGAAGGAUCACGAUGUCCGACCUGUUGCUGGCUUGAGUUGUAACCGCGGCCGCUCAGUCCGAGGUUGCGAUUCCCUGACUAACUACUGCAUAUAAGCCAAACAAAUAAAUGACCUUCUAAUAAGGACUAUGAUGGAUUCGCAGUAAAUCAACUUGCAGGUCCCUUGCUUAUUGUGAGUAAUAAUACUUUUUACUAAGGCGUGAUCCUCCUAUUCCAGAAACUUGGUAGAGGCCUCUUCUGUAAAUGAAUCACCAUCAGGGUCGUUCUAUUCCAGCCGGUAAGUUAACAUGUUUAGGGGACCAGGUCGAGCAUGUGGGUAAUAAGAUAACUAAGGUGAUAUUUAUCUUUUCAUACAAGUGGGAUGUGGGACCGUUGGCGCAUAAUUAGAGACAGUCAGUCCCAACCUUUUCAGUCGAUUAGGGGAGGAUGGGAAGGUCAGGUGAAUUACGUGCAAUUAGUGAGUUAAUUGAAGUUUGGUCUCUGUAAAGGCGAGGCAUGCAUGGGAUUCUCCUGUGCACACAGGAGCUGCUUUCUACUAUCGCUUGUAGACAGCCCACACUAAACACGAUAGUCAUCGUUUGAAGUAAACCAUACUUACCGUCUCUAAUUAUCAUACCAUGUUCCCAAAUCCAACUUGCCCAAAAACAUAAAUAUUUCCCGACGUACCUUAUUACUCACCCCUUUCACUUGACCCGUUUACCCUGUAAAUGCACUACCUCGAUAGGAAUUCAUUGAAAACAAACUCCGCCCUCCAAGCGGUCUUUUGAAUUAAAAGUCGUCCACUUUCACGAGAGAUUCUGAAAAACAUUGUAAUCACACGCCGUUUUACUUAGGGGUAUAGAGGGUAGUACAGUGUCUGCCAAAGCAUCCGCUGUCCAGUAAUAACGUGCUGGUCUUUUCGUUGUCUCAAAAGGCCGUUCAGGGGACACUCUUGUAGGGAUAUUUGUUAAUUCCUCUCUGUCAGCAAACUGAGAGAAUUUUCGAGUCCUGUGUGUAUUCUAUCUCAUUUCUCCUACCUCUUUUGGAUCGUUGACUACGUCGAAGGCAUUUCCUGCCGAACAAACAGGACUUUUAAAAGCGAGGGGGUAAUAAAUAUUUUUAAAUUAUUUUAUCGUGUUUAUAAAGUCCACCAGAUGACUUCGUGCAAAUCUAGUCAAUCACGAAAGUACUACUGAGUGAGAUUAAGCAAAACUGGCGACAAUUUGCCACAUAGUAGCGUCAAGUACGAAUAUACAUGGCACCACAUACUAUUUUUCUGAACACCUCCAUAAUAUGUGUCAGGUGAGGGAGAUAGUUUACGGUUUCCUUGAAUUCUCAGUAAAGACGGAUGCGUCCCUUGACCUAGGAGAAGUAAGUUUUCAAGUAGCAACUUCAGAUUAAUGUCUUUUUUCUUCACGAUAAGAAACCUCAACUCCAAACGAAAAUUUCAAAGCAUGGUGCGAGUAGCGCAUGAGUGUUGUAGAUGGAAAACAGUGGAAGUUGAGUUCCUGAACGUAUAAUUAUACGCUUUCUCAUGAACUAUUGACCUAAAUUCUGAAAUGCACUUUCGAUUCUGAUUAGUUUCUUAAGUAAGAUUGUUACCCUAGUUUUCUUAUCGCAUAACUUCAAGAUAUUCUAGUCACGACAGGAUUUCGAUUUCCUAAAGAACUUUUUUGCCAACCUGAGGAAACUAAUUCUGCGAGAAAAUACGAUUUAAGUAGCAUGUUUUCCCGUCGAUUUUCGACGUCAUUAACUCAAAUAUAUUUUGCAGAAUAAAUGCAUAAUAAUAUUCUUUCUUUUACUUACCUGGCGCCAAAUUACACCUUCUUUAAUGUUCAUGGUUGAAGAAUGUGUAUCAUCUGGCUUUAAAAUACUUCCUUGGUUCCAGAAUAAUUUUGAACCCCUCCUGCCGUUAUGCUUGAAUUAAGGGUUUCCAUACUGCAACCUAUAUACCAUCCACGCGAGGAGAGUCGUAAAGCUCUAUAAGGUAUUUAUAUAAGGUCACAUAGGGCUCCCUGAAUUUUGUAAUCGACGCUGACUAUGUUGUUCGGUUUAUAAGCCCAAACAUUAAAUGUACUGAUGUGAUACUGUUGAUCGAAAAACAUCACAAUGAAAAACUUUUUUAAAAACAGAACGGCUCUCUUUUUUCAAGUAUAAGAUUUGAAAAAGGCAUAAUUUGUUAUCAUUUGAGUAAAAUACCGAAUGUUUAACGAGGGUUUCUAUAAAAUAUAUCUGAGUUUGUGGUGACAUCGAAGACCAAUCGGAAAAAUGCAGGCCACAUAUAUAGUCAUUCUUCACAAAAUUAACUUCACCCUGGCGACCAACAGGAAUCUAUUUUGACAGCCGGAAUCCUGCGUGAAUGGUAUACCUUACCAUUAAGAGACAUGGUAAUAAAUAUGACAACGCUACUUAUAUAAUCUUUUUAAAAUGAAAACCUAUUUCAAAAUUUCGGUUAGUAUUUCAUGAGACUGCAGAUUUACUGCACACUGCGAACAGCAUUCCUAGCGAGAUAUUCAUCGUAGGUUCCUCUACCACUGUCUUGCGGUGUGCGAAAUUUGAGCAGUCUGACACCAAAUGAACCAUGCGUUAAGGUUGCUAAUGAGGUAUGAGAACAUCCAUUAUUUUUAAAAGACAUGCUCGUCAUGUGUAGUCGACCAAUGACGUAGAACCAGCCGAUAGACUUAGGGGGUUCAACACAGAACGCGCUAAAGGCGGACGGAAUCAGAACGCCUACAAAAACGGUCCUAUGUAUUCUUAUAACCACUUAUGUGACCUUUUGAUGUACGUGAAAAAUAAAAGCGCAAAAUAGCAUACGAUCAUUUGUUUAGGUUGCUUUCUGCAUUCAAGAGGUCUGAACUUCAACGUUUUCGGACAUACAAAUACGAAUACGUCUUGAUAGUAGAAAAGGCACAUUCUAGGAGGACAGUGACGUCCUAGGAAUACCCAAGGCGCUGGGUUGUCUAUGAAAUUUAGAGGAGUUUUAAUUCUUAGAAAACACGUGUGCAUUUUGUGCCCAAUCAAACUUCCUCCUUCUCAUAGGUGUACAGUAUGUAGGCUAACUCAUGAAAUGUCAGACGAAAUUCCGAAAUGCGUUUUCGUUUCAAAAAGACUAAUCAAGCAGGGUUGUAAAACUAAUUAUCAUGCAGCGUAAUUCCACAAUAAUUCAGUCACACCAGGAUACCGGCUUUCGAACGAACAUCUUGUCGGCAGUAUGCAUAAACUGUACUCUAAAAGAUGGCUACUUAAGUAGUACUCAUUCUUCUCAUUGAUUUUCGAUGUCCUUAAAAAUUCAAUUAUUUUUCAUAAAAAACGUGCAUAGAAAUAUUCAUUUUUCCGCUCACUCGGUAGAAAAUAACGUUGCCUUUCAGGUUUUUACUCAAAAGACGGAUAUAAUUUGGCUUUAAAGGGUUUACAUUUAUGAGAUUUUUUAAAACCCUGAAAUGGCCGUUCAUAAAACGCCAUGUUUGAGCCUUUACCAAUAUCACUUGUAAAGUCACCAAUAAGGCUUAUAUCUACCGCCUAAUUUCAUGAAGUUCAUAUGGCCUCCACUUAACGCCUUAAAGAAAUGUAUGGUUUUCCGCACGCGAAAAAUAUACAGCUUGUAGUUUGGAAACCCAGAACGUAAGUGUAACGGCAGGUUGGGUUCGAAAUUAUUUGGGAAUAAAAAGGUAUCUGAAAACCGAGUUAUACUCUUUCUUCGAGUGUGAAAUUGAAACAAGACGUGACUUUCUACGGAAUCAGUAGAAGAGUGAGUAUUUUUAUGCAUGUUUUCUAUGAAAUACAAUAUAAUGUUUAAGGGCAUGAAAAAUCAAUGAGAAAAAUGCGUGCUACAUAAAUAGUUAUUUUUAGAGCAUAAUUUUUUCAUACGGCCGACAAGAAGUUCGUUCGAAAACCGGCAUCCUUCGGUAACUGAAUUACUAUAGCUUUACGCUGCACGAUGGUUAGUUUUAUAACCCUACUUACUUAAUCUUUCGAGACGAAAGCCUAUUUCGGUUGAGGUUUCUUGAUUUAGCCCACCUUGUGUACUGAAAAGUCCGCUGAAGGAAAGACUAAAUAGUUUUGUUCGAACCGCCGUAUUAGUCUCCUCCAUGCUAAGCCGUUUGCUGAUCGUCUCAUCACCGGGAUAAUUUUACUUUGCGACGGAAAAUUCUGAAAACAUAUUGCCAAAAAACACGCAGGCAAUGUCUGUACCAGCGGUCUUGGAAGUAACAGUUAGGUCAUUCCUGGGAGACCAAUCGAUUGCUUCUGUUUUUCACCUGUAAGAGGAGGAGUCCACCUCGUGGACAUUUAAAUGGCUGUAUUUGUAACCCAUCCACCAUACAUUUAGUAGACUUUAAAAUUUCAGUUUUUAUGUAUGAUAUGCAUUCUCCAGAUACCUAUCAGUUGUGAAGUCCGGAUACUGCUCAAAAUAUCUGACCUCGCCUCCCUUGGACAUAGUCAUCUCUAAGUGCUGAAAUAAUCAACACAUACUAUUGAAAUUAACACCCAUAUUUCUGCUUUUCUAUGAAGACAGGGCCUUUAUACUGCAGGGAAAUUUCAUUUAAGACCUUAGUGGCUACCGAAUAAGCAAAUCAUCUUUUUACUCUACUCUUCGCUUCGGUCUUUUCUUUUGCCCAUGGGCCGUUAAAUACCACUGUAAACAAAUGAUGCUGCGGGUUGACGCUUGAUUGGCCGUUUGUCGGGCUGAUCGAAUUUCAUUCCGAAAAUUGUUAAGAUUUGUCAUCAGAUGCAAAACAAAUAUGGAGCCUCGUUUGACUUGACCUACACUUCCUCUGUGAAUGCAUAGGACGCUUUUUUCAGAAAUUUAAUUGGCGACUGCGCUAAGGCCACCCAUCACGACCCUUUGUUUUGCGGACGUAGGCCUGGUCUAAUUCGGUUAAGUAUUUAACCAAAUUACCCUCCCUUAGGAACCAUAUCACCAGGUGAAAAAAACAAAGCUGCCUAAGAACUAGGUUAGCACAGACAUUUUCGUAUAAGGGGGGGGGGAAGUAAUAGCAAUUUAAAUGUCAAAUUAGCAGGCCACAGUCAUAAAAGAUCGGUGACAUAUGUUAUAUGUGCACAAUAACCUGCAUCGUAUUGGGCUUUUUGUGGAAGAUUUUCUGAUUUUUAAAAAACAGGGUAUGACCUUAGCUCUCAUACAGGGCACAUGACCAUUAUGCCAUUAUGUGGGGACUUUGACAGCUCACCGGAAACAGGGGGUCUCAUAAGAACACAUAAUCUCGUAAAAUUACGAUGUCAUCUCUCAAAAAGAGCUGAAUAAUCCAUAAGGCGGGCAAUGGCGUUUUUACAUCGUGAGAACGGUAGGUCUCUGAACUCCCCAGAACACCUUUGGAUUACGUGAGCCUGGUAGUUAUCUGGUUAAUUCUAGAUGUAUUACUAAGGAAAUUCUGCUUGGACAGUCAGCUUACUUUAUCAGAUUUGGUAGAUUUCAGACGUUACAGUAGGUUGUGUGGGUGAACCUGACCUAAGUGUGAUAAAACUCGCCUCGUCCGGUGGGGCCCCAUAGAUCAGAUGGUUGGAGCGUUGGUUCUACUAAAGCCUCCUCUUGCUGUCAUGGGUUCGAAUUCCACGGAGGCACCAAGUUUUUCACAGUUGGGUCAAAAGUGAAGAACAGUUAUUGUAAAAUUUAAGAUAGUGUUCCUUGGAUUUCUCAAGACCCUAUGAAUAUCCACGCCCUUGCCUUACAAAAACGCUAUCCAGACCCACUUAAAUGAUUGUUUGGGGUAAGUUAACUUACAAUGCGUUACCUACUUCAUGGAGUGUGUCGAAAUUUACGACUGAUUGCCAAUCACUCGAAAGCGAACAUCAUUUCAUGAGUCCAAUAUCUAUGUUAACUAGGUACCAGUUUAAAAGAAGUGAAAACACAAAAGAAAUAUUAGAGGCAGUGUUGCAUUGUUUAGAAAUGCUGAUUUCUUUAAAAAAAACGCAAUAUUCCGAAAAUGUCCGAAAUGGCUCUUAUUUAGUAAACUCCGUUUUUAGAUGUAUAGCAUGCAUUCUCAUGCGCCAAACGUGGUAAAUAUGAAAUCAGAUAUAAAACAACGUCUAAUAAGAGUGUUUCACUGACGUUUGCAUCUAAAUGUCGUUCAGGAAUUAGUGUAAUUUCAUACAUGGCGGUUCGUCCACUGUCUACAUUUUGAGUAUAGGUUCCAAAACAGUUUUCCAGGGAUUCGCGUUACCCUUGACCCUCUCGAAUUAAACGAAAUGGGGUUCAACUAGAGAAACUGGAUUUUGCUGGAUUUCACCCAUGGGACCUCGUAGGAACAAAGGUUAUCAUAAAGUGACUUGCUGUCAGGCCGAUCGGUGUCAAAUAAAUUUAAAUAGAACUGACAGGUGUGAUCAAAAACCUGCCAUUUUGUGUUUAUACAGAGAAAUUUUCUUUUGUUAAAUUAAUCUACACUUUUCAUUCGUUUUCUAUUACGCCGAGUUUUAGAUCGGCCUCGAAAUGCUGCUGAAUACUUCAUGAUUUUCAGUGUUUUCAUCCGAUCGUCCACAUUGACAGAUUCUGAAUAAUCCGUCUGUUGAGAACUUUAAAAUAAGAUUAUCCUUGAAGGUAUUUACCGAAUUAGUGAGUUUUCGGGCGCUCCUUUUCACGAAGAUGGUCGUUUGGGUCACAUGUGAAGACUCAUUCAAACAUCAAACGUCAUUUUCGAGAAAAAUGGUUGUCCACAACGAAAGUCGACAACGAAUAUGCCCUCGGUCAAUCAAAAAAACUUCCUCUAAUGAGUUACCUCUUUAAGAAAUGCUUUAUUAAUGCACUCUGUCGACGAAUCUCUGUGUUGUUUGAAUUUUUGCACGGCGUGGCCAAGUAAAAAUUUGAAACUUUUGGCCGUCACUCUCACGUUCCUAAACAAUACUAAUAUUAUUAUGCGGUGAACGUAAGAACAGGCCCUCCUUUAUACAUCGAGACCGUUUCCAGUGUUUUUGCUCGUUUUUAGGCUCCGUUCUUCGAUUGAAUACACGGUAGAGCGCCCAUAUAAAUAGUGAUAUUUUGCUUAAACUAUUAAUGUUUUACUCGUUAUAUUUCUGAAUAAGGUAUUCAAAGAAACUAGACUACACGACAAACAGUGUUUCAUAUGUUCAGAACUGGAAAUGUCCAUUCGGUGGUGGUCAUUUAUGUGACAUCAGGUUGAAUUUUCCAAACGACAAAAAAAUUUCAGCCCACUUAAACGAAGGAAUGCCUAUCUGCGUUAUCACUGCGCUUUAGGUCACCCAAUCGCCCAUGUCUGCUAAUUUGACAUAUAGGAAUUAAUAAAAUCAGUGGUUUUCUCAAAGCAAGCUUUCGGUUUACAGGUUGAUUACCACGGUUAACAUCGGACAUGAAAUAAAUUUUCGGGUUCGGCUAAAUCUGUUUAUUUAAACUCGCGCGGGCAAAUUACUAUCCUUCUUAUGGAAAAGCCGCUCAACUGCGUAACCGAAUUCUAGGGCAGGUAUUAGCAUAGGAAAUCGCAUGAAUAUAUUCCAACGUCCGUUUUCGCUAACAUGUACUGAUAUUUCACUUGAAAUAAUUACGUAAACGCAAUUCCUGCAUAGCAACAGGACAUUUCGUUAAAGGUUAUGGAUGAGCAAACAAAGUGCGCAACGUUGAAGACGUCCGGAAAUUCUCGUAUCAGUUUCCGUUAUCAGAUUUCAUGAGAUGGGUCACGUACUGUAGGUCCUAAAAAACGUCCGCCAUCUGAUUGCAUUUAAUUUUAAUUGCAUCUGUCCACUCUCAACAUAGGCACAGAGGAGGGUACCCAGUACGUUUUCCAGCUAAGCCCCACAAAAUCCUCCAUUCCAAUGCUGCGAACGCACCAGGUGCCCGAUAUGACCUUCUCCAAUCUCUGGCAGAUUGUGCGACUGUGUGCCGCGGAGGCCCUUGGCACUGCCCUCCUCAACUUCACCUUCGUACGCGCCCUUGAGCAUCCGCCGGGGCCCGCCGCGGCCUUCCUUAUUGUGCCGAUAGCUCUGACCCUGGCCAUCUGGAUCGCCGGACCAAUCAGCGGUGGUCACGUAAACCCGGCCGUAACUCUGGCCCUCUGUCUCUGCCGUCUGGUAUCCUUCAUCUACCUGCCCAUCUACUGGUUGAGUCAGUUCCUCGGAGGUCUGGCGGGCGCCGGUUUGGCGCAUGGAUUCACCCAGGCGAUGCUGCGGGCUACAGCGACCAACGGCGGCAUGGCAAACCUGACGACUGCUGACAGUCAGGCCUACAACGGAGAAUUCUUCUGGCUGCAUUUAGCGGCUGAGCUGACGACUACCAGCAUGCUCGUUCUGACUGUUCUCGUGAGCGCUGACCCAAAACGACCCGGCGCAUGGGCCAGUCAUGGCUUCUACACCAGUCUAGCCGUUGGGAUGAUGGCUCUCAUUAUUGGCUUAUUCUUCGUAAGUUGAAUCCGUCGUUUCAGAGGAAGAGGCAGGUUUCUGUUGGGGAUAGGCUAGACGCAACACAAACGAUCGUUACUAUUUGAAAUUACACCAACUAAAUAACAACGGCUUUAGAAGUUUAGAGUUAAUAUUUGCAUGCGAAUUGGGCAAAUGAAAGGAUCGGAACCGGUUCGGAGCGUAAUCAAGAUUAAAAGAAGGCGAAGGCACGAUCACUGGGACAGUAGGUUUAUUUGCCUGCAUACGCGCGCACCCACGCCGGACAAACGGAAGAGAAACACCAACAAUUUGGCACUCCCUACCGUACAUAAAGAAUGUGUCCGAGGCUACAGAACGCAUCGCGUCAGAGCUAGGCGUGGGCAUCGCUCAUCAUCCGGCGGCCACCAUGCGCAGCAGGAUCGUGAAAAUGAAGGAUCGGCUGGACGCAGGUGAACAGUCGGGCAUAGUCUAUCGAAUCCCGUGCCAAAACUGUCCUUGCCACUACACAGGCCAGACAGGACGACGUCUGAGCUCACGAAUAUUUGAGCACAAACGGGCCGUUCGGAGAGGCGACCAACUGUCUCAAGUAGCCACUCACACGCUGGGGGAACGGCAUGAGUUCGACUUCGCCAACACGAGGAUAUUGGCGCGAGCCGGUAACAAGGCAGCGCGAGAGCUGUUGGAGGCAUGGGUGUCGGACACCAACUCCAUCAACAAUCACAUCGAUUUGCCUGCGUGUUAUCACGCGCUCCGCCCACGCAGCCAGGUGGCGCAGCUCACACCGUCGCAAAGUGCAAACGGCGUCACCACGCCGGGGAAACAUCGUGGACCAGGCGGCACAAACCGUAGCUAGCCACGGACGUACUUCCCCUCCCCCCCAAGGACGAGCGAUAUGAAUGUUCACAAUUUGCUGCACUUAAGUAGUCUCUGAUGAUGAACUCCAGUUCGAGUUCGAUAGCUCAGGCAAAUAAACCUACUGUCCCAGUGAUCGUGCCUUCGCCUUCUUUUAAACAAGAACCUGGGAUGCGCAUAUUCUCUUCCAUUCGCGUAAUCAAGAUGCUCAAACGUCUUGCUUAUCAAGAGCCUAGGUCAGGUCAUAUUUAGUUGCCGUACCUGCAGUAGACAAACUCCAGCCUAACCCCUUACCCCAACCCCUAAUUCUAAUCCCUAACAGGUAGGGCUAUGAAACAGGAUCUAGCCGACACCUACAGUGAGUGACCGAUCUCAUGAAAUGUUGGCUGAAAUUCUGAAAUGCGUUUUCGAUUAGGAAGGAUUACCUGGUCGCGGUUGUGCUAUUGAUUAUCUUACGGUAGACUCUUAUAACAUUUCGGACUCGGCAGGAUGUCUGCUUUUAAAUGCACUUCAUUUCAAUCUCCUGUAGUAAGCGUAGUGAAAGUGGCUGAAAGGUCACCUGGGUUGCGGAAACGUUGUCAUGUGUGCGCGAGCAGUGAAUAUCACCACAUCGACGCUAUUCUGAUCGAUAGACAGGCGUCAUAGAAAGGACAGAGCGUGAUUGUUUGGUUUACCUCAGAAUAACUUGUAUUUCUGAUCACUGCAAAUCAGGAGACUUUAGACUACUGUUCAGGACACUCGAUGUGCGCAUCAGAAAUGCGGUGUCCCAGCCAGGGAGCAGCGCGAUGCACAUAUAGUGAGUGACCGAUCUCAUUAAAUGUUGGCUGAAAGUCUGAAAUACGUUUUCGAUUAGGAAGGAAUACUUGGUCGCGGUUCUAAUACUGAUCAUCUUAAGACAUACUCGUAUUACAUUUCGGACUCGGCAGGAUGUCGGCUUUUAAAUGCACUUCAUUUCAAUCUCCUGUAGUAAGCGUACGCGGCAGAAAAUGACUACUUAUGUAGCAUACAUUUUUCCCAUUGAUUUUCGAUGGUCUUGGAAAUUCAAAUAUAUUUUAUAGAAACCAUAAACAAAAAAUAUGCUUUCUUUUAGUCAAUCAAUAGAAAAUCAUGUCUUCUUUAUAUUUUAUACUUAAUGAAGGAGUAUAAUUAGGGUUUAAAAAAGUUUUCUAAUUUCCGAAUAAUUUGGAGCCUGAUCAUCCAUUGCGUUAGCGCUUAGUGACAUCACUCUACAAGGUGCAUGCGUUCCGCGUAAAGAACAUCACAUAUUUUUCUAUGCCAUUAGAGAGAUAUCGUACAGAGUCCAUAAAAUUUUGCAAUGGAUGCGGACCAUGUUGUACAUUUCAUGAGGAGCAGUGGUAAACGGCCAAGUACGAUGCAAUGUGAAUGGACAUUUCGCGGUCUUAAAAAGUCUCAUAAUUAGAAAACUUUUUCAAAACCUAAUUAUACUCCUUCCUUAAGUAAAAAAUAUAGAGAAAACGUGAUCUUCUAUUGAUUAACUAAAAGAAAGCAUAUUUUUGUUUAUGGUUUCCAUAAAAUAUAUUUGAAUUUCCAAGACCAUCGAAAACCAAUGGGCAAAAUGCAUGCUACAUAAAUAGUCAUUUUUUGCCGCGUACGCUUACUACAGGAGAUUGAAAAGAAGUGCAUUUAAAAGAAGACAUCCUGCCGAGUCCGAAAUGUUAUAAGAGUCAACCGUAAGAUAAUCAGUAUUACAACCACGACCAGGUAAUCCUUCCUAAUCGAAAACGCAUUUCAGAAUUUCAGCCAACAUUUCAUGAGAUCGGUCACUCACUGUAUACUCAAGUCAUAAUUUCCAACCAAUUCACGCUGUAUAGGAUGACAGUCAAAGAUGAAGAAAAAUCGGGGCUUUAGGUCUGAGAUGGAGAAUGUAACAGGAAAAUUAAAUCUGAAGACGAAGAUAGGCUCUCCGGAAGAGGUUUAUUUAAGUGCUGACGUUUCAAAGAGCUGGGUCGGCUGUUCGUUGUCAAAGCGUAAAAUGCACUUAAUCGAUCAGAAGUUUAAUUUAAAGUGACAUCUUUUGUUAGUCGGCCUUAUGCUGAUCGAUUUUUCUCUCCUCUCGCUGCCUCGGCCUCUCGGAAGAUGGUUGACUGGCGCUUUGCCUGUGUGCUUUGCAAGUCACCACUACGUCGAGGGGAGCUGAUAAGACUUUAGUUGGGCGGUCGGUCUGGCGGUUCUUCUUCGUCCUCACCGAGUAAACUCAGCGUCGGGGUAUCUCCGUGCGGCCUUCUUAAGUCCGGUGUGGUUGUUUGGUCCUAAGCUCUACGAUUGUGAUGACGUAGGACAUUGUAAGCUGCAGGAAAGUCCACGUGCCUGUUGAUAGAGUGGGCAUCGGAGAACCACGCCUCGAGAGUUAGCCGUUCUGCUUUUGUAUUGCCUCGGCCUAAGAUGGUAGCCCUCUGGAGGUCAAAAGUAUGCCCCGUUUCUCCAACGAGUGUUGCUAGUUGAGAGUUGGGGUCAAACCUUCGAGUGGCCGAUAUGUGCUCUUGUAGGCGAGUUUGCAAUUUUCGCCCGGUUUCGUCCACACAGUUGCCGGCCAACACAACAUGCCACUUAAAAUUAAAUUUCUGAUCAAUUAAGUGCAUUUUACGCUUUGACAAUGAAGAGCCGACCCAGCUCUUUGAAACGUUAGCAUUUAAAUGCGCCUCUUCCAGAGAGCCUAUCUUCGUCUUCAAAUGAUCAACCCGGAUAUCUCAACUUUUCCAAUCUGAAAAUUAAAUUUAUUUGUAAAGCAGGUAUAAAUUGAAUCUAAAAGACACCCAGACAGCAGAAAGCUAGUCUCAGAAUGCAACCUUUGAAGGAAAUAAAUUAUAUUUUUUCGGGCUUUGACAUCUUAAAUUUGUUCGCAGUCUGUCCAUGUCUAAAACGAAUUGGUUUCUUAAAGAACACAUGAAAGCAUUCAAAAUAAUGGCAUUCGACACCGCCCUGGAGUCAACAUUUGUCAUGUGUUUGCGGAUUGCAGUAAAAAAGUAAACUCACUUAAAUUCAUAGUUCUUGCCGGAAAAAUAAUUGAGUGGUUUCGGUUCUGUCAUUCAAAUUAUCUUUGGGAGCAAACUAGAGAAGUAUUUAACUGAAGGAUUUAUUCCACACAUUCGUCUCUGUGAAAACUAAAGGACUUAGAAUUCAAAACACCGAAGUAUGCAUCAGGGAGACUCUCUGACAAGCCGAAUUUCCCGCAGAUUUGGCAUGCAACAACAACCAUUAGCAAAAACCUGACUAGUCUUUUAGGUGCUGUCAACAAGAUGAGUCAUGCAGAAGGUCACGCGUAUCACCCAAUCAAAAUGUUUCCUUUCUGACACACAACAGCGACUCAAUGCGAAUCAGGUCCGCCGAACUAUGGCACCAAUGCGCCUUCAGGGCUUUAAGGCAAAUAAGUCAACUAUUUCGACCUGGGAAAAAUGCAAGUUAUGCGAUACCCACACAAUCCGUGCUGUUCACCCGGGAUGAUACAGGCCUUACCUGUCCAGGGUGCGUUACACUACCGAGGCACGUAGUACAAUGAAUCCAGAGAGGGCUCAGUUACCACCACCUUGCUUUUCCCUGGCUGGGACUUCUAAAACAUCGAAUUUCUUAUGCAUACACUGAUUUCUCUGAACAGUAGUCUGUAGUCACCUGAUUUGCAAGUACUGCAGAAGUGAAUCAAGCAAUCGCACUUUGUCCUUUUUAAGUUUCCUAUUUACCGACACGAGUAGCGCCGACGGGUUGAUAUUGAACGCUAGCGCAGAAGUGAUAGCAUGUCGUUAAUCCAGUUGGCCUUUCAACCUACUGUCGCCAGAAAUUUGCAAAGCCCUCUUCAAUAGCGUUCUGGUAAGUGCGUUUUGGAUUGCUUCCUAUAGUUGGCUUGAUCGAUUCCCCUCAGUGUAUAAUAGGUUAGUUGUAAUUAAGCAAUCAGCGAGGGAGAAACAUGCCUGAUUUAUUGUUGUUCUCUUACCACGCAAGGUUGCCAAUUUGGUGGACUUCCUCAUGUUACGUUGGUGUCUGUAUUUUGACAUGCGGCUGGCUUGUCGCCGAGAGUUUUUUCAUUGACCACUAUCAUGCAUACAUCGACAUAGUAUAUUUGUAUAAAUUUGGAUAAUUAGAAAAUCUGAGGUAAGAUUUAUUUCAGUUCUUGAAUGAGGCAAAUGACAACUUAGGGUGGGCCAGCUACUCGUGAAAAAAGUUAAAGAUUAAAGGAAAUCGGAAUAAAGUUCACGAUAGAAAAUAAACUAUGUAACGGAAAGCACAUGAACAACGCUGGGGAGCCGGCGUAGGGCGAGACCACCACAGCUGCUUGGCACAGCGACGUAGCCUUUGCGAACCAUGCGACUGAGCUUUUAGCUAGUACCCGCCAUUGGAGUAUGGCAAAUAAGUCCAUGGAGAAGGGGACACGAUCGCCGGGACAACAGCUUUAUUAGCCUGACGUUUCGGAUUCCUACUCGAAUCCAUCUUUAGAGACCAAAAAGCAGAAACAGGUGGUUGUUGCACAAGGGGCUGCGGUAUUUAUAGGAUGCAGUAGCCAUGCUACCGCAUACCUAUGAACAUUCAUGACUCCCCCUUCAUCCGGGAUCGUUGCACUUGGUGUGAUCGUUGCUUGAUGGUCGACACUGAAGUCGAUAAUUGCUGCAAUUUCAUCACGUGUUUGGAUGUUGGCGCGAUGAUGGCCCAACUAUCUGACGCACCGACCCCGGUGUUGGGAAAAAUGUUCACCUCUGCGUUCCCUGCAUGGCUUGUUACUCCGCCUAGGCGAAUGUCGGCCAUUAAGCAAUGAUCACACCAAGUGUGACGAUCCCGGAUAAAGGGGGGAGCCAUGAAUGCUCAUAGGUAUGCGGUAGCAUGGCUACUGCAUCCUCUAAAUACCGCAGCCCCUUGUGCAACAACCACCCGUUUCUGCUUUUUUGUCUCUGAUGAUGGAUUCGAGUAGGACUCCGAAACGUCAGGCUAAUAAAGCUCUUGUCCCGGCGAUCGUGUCUCCUUCUUCAAGACUACUUUCUGGCAAAUCAGUCCAUGUUCGAAACCUGACACUUCGAUCGUCGCUGCCGACGACGACAACUUUGUAAGGCACAGUAUGGUGAAGCUGGGACGGUGACUUGUGGGUGAGCUAGUUUAUAGCGAGUAUAGGCUUGCACCGCAUCCUACCGCACUCUCUCAUAUCACAUCUGGGCCGGUUGUCAAGCCACAGUCAAGAAGACCUUAAGCGAGGGAGGACGUAGGUGGAAGGCCCGGCCGAGCCCGCACCUUGGCACUCCAUUCCACCCUCCCUAGUCCAAAUAGUAAAUGACUAUGACUUUGAUUUUGACCAACAACAAAAAUGGAGUGGGCCGUCCUGGAAGUGUGGUUUCUCAGUCCACAUUUGUAAAUCACUAAUUGCCUGUAUUUAAAACAAACAUAGUACGCGAUAUUCAGCUGAAUUUUUUGGACUCCAGCCCAGCGUAUUGAGUAUCUUUCCUGUAUCAUGAGAUCUCAAGAGAAAUUUCGAAAGGUGUUCUUGAUUAAUAAGGACUAGUAAAGUAGCGUUCUAAUAUUAAUAAUUUUUCGGCAUAAUCCCUUGAGACCUCAGUUGGGCUAAGAUUUCGAUUUCUGAAGGAGCCCCAGUUCGCUCGCCUCUAAAAGUUAUAUCCAGUACAAAAUCACCGCAUAUGUGGUACGAAUGUUUCCCGUUAUUCAUGGUGCUCCAUGUAUUUAAACACAUUUCGUGUUAAUCUUAAAAUUCAGAGUAAUCAUAAUUCUUAUCAAAAUGAGUAUUGGACUAGAUAUUUUCUAGUAUGAUACUCAUUUUGACAGAAAAUUACAUUACGUUAUUGUUGCUGAAGAAAUGAUAUUUGUGGCUUGAGAUUUUUGUGGCUGUUUAGUUUUUAAAACAGCGGAAUUUCCAUUUAAACAACAUCCUAUCGGCGUACCUACAAACGCAGGCUAUGAAGUACACAACAUGAACAUGUAUAAUGCCUAAAGUGCAUUUUUAAUAUGGUUAGUUUAUGUGUGUUUCUCAAACACGGAAUACGUACAGCGCUUACUUAGGAUUCCCUAAGUGCUUGUGUGAAUGCAGACUGAAUUCAAAAUCAUACGAGAAAAAAAAGAUUGUAAUGCAUAAACACGUAACUUCGUCAAGUAAACCAUUUUAAGGAAACAUAAUAUGCGACUAAGUGCAUACAAGAAUGGGUGCUUUUAUGCCUGUUUUUUUAUAAAUCUGAUUUGAAUAUACGAGGGCAUCUUAAAUCAGUGGCAAAAAUUCAUGCUAAUCUCCUUCGCACUUCUGACGAAAUAUGGUUCAAAAGGUGGCCGUACCAAUGCUCAUUUGAAAGCCCGCACGCUAAGGCGACCGGUUCAUUACGGGAUUAGGUUUUUAUUUCGGCUUAUUUUUCGGAAAUGUAUUUUUUAAACCUUUGAACUCCCUAUUUAUCACAAAAAAGGAAUUAAACUUUGGGAAUGAAAAAAACCCACACGGCCACGUAAUAACUUUAAAACCCACACAGAUAAGAGAAUUAGUUUAAGUAAUGAAAACACCGACACUACUAAUUACAUUGUGGCAUAGUCAUUUUAUGCAUAACUGCGCCACAGAAAAAGUAAUAUGAUUUUAACAAUCUGUAAGCGCUCAAGUGAAUGCCAGUAUGUUCGAGCACUGUGCUUAGAGCAAAAGUAUAGUUAACAUUUCAAAUACGCCCAAACAAUCUUGCCUAAUAGGAAACGGACUUUGGAAUUUCGUUUGGCGUUCCAUAAGAUAAGCCAGAUUGCGUCACUAUAUAUAUGUAAUGGUAGAGGGCACUCAUUGAUCGUUCUUACGGAACUCACUCGUCCCGUUGUGCCUUACGGCUCUUUCUCGAGCCCAACCAGCAGCCGCACAGCGGCGCAUGAUAUAUAGGUAGAAUGGUAUUAUCGACGAAGUCAAGAGAGACUGGAAUGGUCGUUUUUGGCUUAUUAACCGUCGCCAGCCAGUCAUACCCAACGCUGAGGUGUGGGAAAACUGGACCCCGAACUCGCAACCUGUUAGUUAGAAGCCCAACGCCUUCAAAUACUAAGACCGAUGAGCGCCCCCUACCACUUUAUAUUCCCGAUCGACACCGACAGGACAAGGAGCCUCUGGCCCUGUAGUUAGAGGCGUUGGGCUUCUAACUAACAGGCCCAUGUGUUCUACACCUCGUGGUCGGGUGUGACUGGCUGACCUCGGCCAAUAAAAUGACCAUUCCAGUCUCCCGUGUCUUUAUCAGUAAUAAAAUUCUGCCUACAUCAUGCGCCGCUGUGCGACUGCAGGUUGGGCUCAAAAAAGAGUCCGUAAGACAUAACGGAAAGGGAGCGUUCCGUAAGAACUAUCGUAAUAGUUCUCCUACCAUUGUACAUACCCGAUAGAAACCGACAGGACAACGAUCCCGUGGCCCAGUGGUUAGAGAUGUUGGAUUUUUAAGGGGUCGCGGGUUAGAUCCUCAGGUGUUUCACACCUCGGAGUCGGUUGACGACGACUAAUAAGACAGUCUCCUUUGUCUUUGUCGGCAAUAACAUUAUAUAUAUAUACACUGUUUUGGUCUGAGCGCGAGUUUUGUGGCACCAGAGUAACCGCUGUCGCAGACCCUAGAAUUAAACUCAGCAUAGGUCUUAUUGCCAUCUGGGGAUGACAGUUUUCAUGGCCUGUUGUUACUUUUUCAGGAGCCACAACUAGCCUGCUUUGUCAAUCCCGUGGUUGCGUUGGGAUCAAAGAUUGUUGUUGGUAAUACAGCCAACUUCUGGGUGAGUUUUUCUGUUAUUUAUUUUUUUGCAUUAUUUAGUAGCGCUGCCCUUGAAAGGCGCUACAUCCUUGAGGGUGCUAAGCUCUCAAAGCGUUUAUAAAAAAUUGUCGACCUCACCAUUUAAUAAAAAAUCUAUCCGAUAAGACAGCCGUUAAUUCCUCCAAAGAGAUUGUAAGCAUAAAAAGUAGAGCUGACAGGGCCAGGACACGUUCCCUAAAUGGACGAUAUCAUACUGUUUUGCGAAAUAGACUGCAGUCACCAUAAGUGAGGAUGCCUCUCUAGUGCAGACACCUCAAAUUUAUCAGGCAAAACAAACGCAACAUUCAUAAUUACUUGGUCAAAUUACUUGCUUACAAACUUUCAGUGAAGAAAAUUUCAGAAUUUAGUUUUUCAGGGAAACAUCGGGACAAGCAAAUUAAGAGGUAGAUAUUGUGGUCGUUUAUACAAUGUAAGCGUAAGCUCUCCUCCCGUUGUGGCACAGUAAAUAACUGGGUUAAAGUGGUGAGGAAGAUGCAAAUGGGGUCGCAGGACCAAUCCUCGCCGCUUUUUACCUUAAAACAACCUUUUGUGGAAAAGCAGAAAAAGUGAAUUGCGUUAGACGCAAUCAGUGAGUGAAAAUUGUUCCCCAAGGAAGAUGAAUAUGAAAGUUUUUCUAGACCUAAAUGCACGAAACAGAUGUCUGGGGUUUUGUCUAAUAUAUUUACUGUAAAGAUUUUGAAGCUUGGUUUGCACACGUCGGAAUCUACUGUCAAUCCGCUGUCAGCAUGAGUAUUUAGCGCAAAGGCCAAAUUAAAAUUGUGGCAGGUCCUACCAUACCUGUUCAGUUGAAAAUUACAGUAGGUGGGCUAACUCAUGAAAUGUGAACUGAAAUUACAAAAUGCGUUUUCGUUUAAAAAAGAUUAAUUAAGUAGGGUUCUAAAACAUAUCAUCAUGCCGAAUUUUUAUCGCACAUCUUUUCUACUGCAUGCAAAAACCAUUCUCUGUAAAAAAUGACUACUUGAUAGAGAGAGAGAGAGGAAUUCGCUUAAUUUUGAAAUCAUAAGUUUAAAAUUUUUAGCAAAACAUUGGCCCCACUCACUAUGGGCAGUAGAUAAGUUAACAGAUUAUUCAAGAGUCAAAGUUUAACUUAAAGAAGCGAUUAUUAUGAGGAUAGUUCAAGUCUUAGCUUCUGUAUUUCUAUCUCUUCGCCCGUAAGAUAGCAGGCUAGGAAUGGCAAUACAGAAGCUCGAUAAGCCGAUGUGCGACAGGAUAUAAGUCGGAAGCUGUGGCGCAUCGGGCGGGAAGACUUCGCAGACGUAAGAUCAGAAUGUAAGGGAUGGACAAAAUCAUAUAGAAUUCGACCAGCAAAUUGCUUGACCGCAUUGAAGUGUCGUUGUAGGUUAGUGUCGACUAAAAAAGAUAAGAAACACCAGCAGCAGAAGGGAGCAUGCGGAGCACUCGUUUUAAAAUUAGAAGAUCCUUUUGAAGCAAAGCAGGAAAAAUGACAGUAGAGCAGUAUAGGAUAAGGGGAUGCACUUUUCUCAAUGAUUUCCGAUUCCCUUAAAAAUCAACUUAUAUUUCUUGGAGAACAUGCACAAAAAUAUUCAUUCCUUUGCGUAUUUGGUAGAUAAAUACGUCUUUAUUCAAUUUUUUACUUGAAGAAAGGGUAUAAUUUGGUUACAAAAAGUUUCUAAUUGUGAGCUUUUUUAAUAUCGUGGAAUGGCCAUUCAUACAACGUCAUGUCUCCGCAUUUACUAUUGUUAGUUUCAAAGUUAACAAUAUGGGUCAAAUCCACUGCUAAAUUCUAUGAACCCCAUAUGAUCCUGAAUGCAAGUGUAACGGCAGGUCGACUUCACAAUGGUUCGGGAGUUGGAAAACCGAACAACACCAUUUCUUCGAGUGUAAACUUGAAAGAAGGUGUACUCUCCUACUGAAUGAGUAGAAGAAUGAAUAUUAUUAUGCAUAUUUCCGUGAAAUAUAAUUGAAUACUUAAGGACAUCGAAAAUCAAUGAGAACAAUGCAUACUACUUAAGUAGUCGUUUUUUACAGAGUGUACUUCCUUUAGGCAGCCAAAAUGAGGUUUCUUUGAAAGCCGGCAUCCAGGGGUAACUGAAUAUUUAUAGAAUUUGGCUGUAAAAUCAUUGGUUUCACAACCCUACUUAAUUAGUCUUUUCAAAACAAAAACGCAUUUCGGAAUUUCAGUUGACAUUUCAUGGGUUAACCCACCUACUGUGUUCAACCCAGACAAAGCGUUAGUAACGAACACGUGGGGGGGGGGGGGUAAUUGCGGUUGUUGGUGGACUGCGGGUCGGUGGGCCAAGACUGAAGUAGGGUGCGGUAGAAAUCGACUCGAGCGAUAGUUUCGAAAGCUAAACCCCCUUAAUUAAACGUCCCACCAAAAGGACGCAAAAUGAGCCAAGCCUUAGGCCUACCUAUGAGUAUUGUAAUUGUAAUUGUAUAUUCCCGAUCGAAAACCGACAGGGCAACGAGCUCGUGGCCCGGUGGGUAGAGGCGUUGACUUCUAAACCAACAGGUCGCGAGUUCGAGGCUCGGGUGUUCUACACUUCGGGCUUGGGUAUGGCUGGCUGACGACGGCUAAUAAGCCAGAAAUGGCCAUUCCAGUCUCCCUUGUCUUUGUCGGUAAUAUCAUUCUGCCUAUAUAUCAUGCGCCGCUGUGCAGCUGCUGGUUGGGCUCGAGAGAGAGCCCUUAAGGCACAACGGAACGAGUGAGUUCCGUAUGAACGAUCAGUGAGCGCCCCCUACCAUUUCAGGGAAUGUUUUCUUUUAAACCGGAAUUUUAAGCCAGUGACUUUUUCAAUCCUACAUUAAGCCCAGUCUCAAUUUUUCGAAAUUCGCAGAAGUCAUUCUGAAUUCCUAACUCUUUCCUUUCCCCAGGCGCACCUACUUGGUCCACUGUUGGGGAGUGUGCCAGCGGCCCUUCUCUUCCACUUCCUGUUUUGUGCGGACGCCGGCUUCAGAAGGGUCAAGGCCUGUCUUUGUGUCGGGAAUUACGACUACUCCGCCGAUCUCUCACGAUAA